AAGCCCGUGACGUCAUCCAACCUGCGACGGGGGUACGUCGCAUGUAACAUUUUGUUGCAAAUAAUGCCCGUUUUUCACUUUAUUGGCUAAUUCUACUGACCACGGCCACAGCGGUCAAGUUAAGCUUUGUGUCGUUUUCGGGUUGAGACGUACACGGUGUUUCUAAUGUAGGUUUUGUGGGAAGGAGUUGGCGAAACUUUAGUGUGCCGCUCAUCGAUGAGAAGCAUCCUCGGUGUUGUGUUGCUUGGCAGAAGAAGAGGAUGUGAUUUAGUGUUGGGAAUUGUGCGGGACAAGGAGGAGGACAGACGGAAGGUCUGACUUUUGCAGCGGGAUGGAAACUUGGACUCCAAACCCCCGCGCUAAGCCUUUCAUUCCCCGCCAGCAAAGAAGCCUUUACCUCACCUGGAAAUACAAACUGACCAAUAGGAGGACGAUUCGCCGCUGUUGCCAGGCUGGAGCUGUGCUGUUUCUCCUGGUAACUGUCUUAGUCAACAUUAAACUCAUCCUGGACACCAGAAGAGUUGUUAGUGAAGAUGUUGCAGCUCAAGAAUAUGAGGAUGUGUUGCCAAACGUGGCGACUCCUCGCAGACCGGCGAAUGGACACAAGGUUCUGGACAUUGAGGCGUACUCCAGUCGCUCCAAAGUGUACGUGGCUGUGGAUGGAACCACGGUGUUGGAGGAUGAUAUGCGCGAGCAAGGCAGAGGCAUUCAUGUAAUUGUCCUCAACCAGGCUACAGGUCAUGUGAUGGCCAAGAGGAUAUUUGACACCUACUCGCCUCACGAGGAUGAAGCCAUGAUCCUCUUCCUCAACAUGGUGACCCGAGGUCGAGUUCUCAUCUUUACUAUCAAGGACGAGGGUACGUUCCACCUGAAGGAUGCUGCUAAAAACCUGCUGAAAGGUCUGGGCAGUCAGGUGUCUCUCAACCUCAGCUGGAGGGACAUGUGGACUCUGGUGGUGAAGAAAGGAGGUCAGGUGUACGGCGAAAAGCAUUCAAAGUCUCCUGCUCUCUCCACCUGGGGUGAUCCAGUACUUCUUAAAACGGAGGUGCAGCUCACUGCCUCUGAAGAGGCAGAGUGCCACUGGGCAGAUACGGAGUGGAACAGGCGGAGGAAGCUCUUCUGCAGCAAAGUAGAAGGAUACGGAAGUAUCUGCAGUUGCAAAGACCCAGCACCGAUUGAAUUUAACCCAGAACCUCUGCCCACUAACCACGUCUUUAAUGUACCAGUAGCAGUCAUCGCUGGUAACCGACCCAACUAUCUCUACCGGAUGCUUCGGUCUCUCCUUUCAGCUCACGGUGUUAACCCACAGAUGGUCACAGUCUUCAUUGAUGGAUAUUAUGAGGAGCCGAUGGAUGUGGUGGAACUGUUUGGACUGAAGGGAGUUCAGCACACACCAAUCAGCAUCAAGAAUGCUCGAGUAUCUCAGCACUACAAGGCAAGUCUGACCGCAACAUUCAAUCUUCACCCAGAUGCUAAGUAUGCUAUUGUGCUAGAAGAAGAUCUGGACAUCUCCAUUGACUUCUUCAGUUUUCUGAGUCAGACCAUCCACCUGUUGGACGAGGAUGACAGCCUGUAUUGCAUCUCAGCCUGGAAUGACCUGGGCUAUGAACACACAGCAGAGGAUACUGCCUUGCUCUACAGAGUGGAGAGUAUGCCUGGCCUGGGCUGGGUCCUGAAAAAGAGUCUCUACAAGGAUGAGCUGGAGCCAAAAUGGCCGACCCCUGAGAAGCUGUGGGAUUGGGACAUGUGGAUGCGGAUGCCAGAGCAGAGGAAAGGCAGGGAGUGCAUCAUCCCUGAUGUGUCCCGCACCUACCACUUUGGCAUCAUCGGCCUCAACAUGAAUGGAUAUUUCCAUGAGGUGUAUUUCAAAAAACACAAGUUCAACACGGUUCCUCACGUGCAGCUGAAGAACGUGGACAGCCUAAAGAAGGAUGCGUAUGAAGUGGAAAUCCAAAACCUGCUUAAAGAGGCGGAGGUGCUGGACCACACCAAGAACCCGUGUGAGGACUCGUUACUGCCGGACUCUGAGGGGAAAGUCUACGUCAUGUUCAUCAGGAUGACGUCAGAGACGGACACCUCCACCUGGACUGAGCUCGCCAAGUGCCUUCAUGUUUGGGACCUAGAUGUUCGGGGAAAUCACAGAGGCCUGUGGCGACUCUUUCGAAAGAAAAGUCACGUCCUGGUGGUGGCCGUUCCGAUCUCACCGUACUCAGUGAAGAAACCCGCCAAUGUCACCCCCAUCCACUUAGAGCCCCCCCCCAAGGAAGAGGGUGCGCCAGCGGAUCAGCUGUAAAGCGCACACACACACACACACACACACACACACACAACACUACACUACACUUUUUUAAACCAGCCCAGGCCUUAACAAGUAUUUCAACCACUAACAGUAAAGCCUGGGACCUUUUUAUGAAAAAAUAUAAUUCAUUCAACCAAUCCAUGACUUGAGGAGUUGGUAAGUUUUGUUACGAAGUGACUUUUUACAUUUUUAGAUAAACUGUUGCCCACCUAACAGCAGAACUGAAACUACUGAGUGUACACAUUGUAUGUUAUAACUUAUCUAUUUAUUUGCCUUUAACAAUCCAGACUGAACAAAAUAAAUGAUACAAUGUACAUACAUACAUACAUACAUACAUAUAUAUUUGGAAUAAAAUAAAGUUGAUCUUUUUCAACUAAAGAGAACAAAAGUCAGAAGUUUAUUAGCCACUGAUGUGCCGUUCAUUAACUCUUUUUAAAUGAUGAGAGCCAAAAGAGUCAUGCUUUGUUGAAACUUAUUUUUUAAUGUAAGUCAGGAGACUCUUGAAUAUUGUGAGACAAACGGUAGACCUAAAAGUAAUAAUUCCGUCCAUGGCACACGCAAUUAUGGAGGUUUCAUUUGCAUGUUCAUUUUUUUUUUUGAAGGGUUAAUGUAACUGAGGUGAUAUUAUAUCUCAGCAUUCACAUCUUUUAAGACUUCAUACAGAAAUUGGAGUGUUUUGUAUCCAGUUCUCUCAAUGUGAAUACUGAACUUUUAUCUGUUUUUUAUUUAUUAUGUUAUUACCUUUUCUUUUCUUUUUAGACUAAGACUGGUCCGUGACUGACAUGAACAUUCAAGUGCAUACAAGUUGGGGAUGUAACGAUAUCAAAAAGUCAUAUCGCGGUGUUGUUGAAGGUGCUCAAAAAGUAGGAUACUCUGGUACACACUGGAAUAUUUUAACUAAGCUUUAUUUUAAAUAAAUAAAACAACAAUAUUUAUCUUCAUUAUUAGCGGCGCAAGGUGCUGGCCAGGGAUUAGCUGGGCCAGCGGCUGGAACGCGAUUGGCUGGGUCAGCUAGUAGCCGGCGGUUAGCGACGCUAGCUAAAAGACGGCGAUUAGCGGCCCUAGCUGUUAGACGGCAAUUUACAAUGCAAGCUGCUAGCCCGCUAAUAGCGACGCCAGCUACGAGACGGCGAUCAGCGACGGCAGUUACGAGACCGCGAUUAGCGGCCCCAACUACUAAGCGCAAUUAGCAGUGCCAGCAACCAGCAGGGGAUUAGCGAUGCAAGCGAUUAGCAGCGCUAGCUGAUAGCCGGCGAUUACUGGCCACAGUUGUUAGAUUGUGACUCAAACUACUAGCCCGCAAUUAGUGGUAUCAGCUAUGAGACGGUGAUUAGCGGCCCCAGCUACUAACCAGUGAUUAGCGGCGCAAGCUACAAACCCAGGAUUAGCGGUGCCAGCUAUUUGCCACUCAAGCUACUAGCCCGCAAUUAGUGGUGCCAGCUACGAGACGGGGAUUAGCAGCCCCCGCUACUAACCAGCGAUUAGCGGCGCAAGCUACAAACCAGCGAUCAGCGGCGCAAGCUACAAACCAGCGAUCAGCGGCGCAAGCUACAAACCCAGAAUUAGUGGUGCCAGCUAUUUGCCACUCAAGCUACUAGCCCGCAAUUAGUGGUGCCAGCUACGAGACGGGGAUUAGCAGCCCCCGCUACUAACCAGCGAUUAGCGGCGCAAGCUACAAACCAGCGAUCAGCGGCGCAAGCUACAAACCAGCGAUCAGCGGCGCAAGCUACAAACCCAGAAUUAGUGGUGCCAGCUAUUUGCCACUCAAGCUACUAGCCCGCAAUUAGCGGUGUCAGCUACGAGCCGGUGAUAAGCGACCCCAGCUAGUAACCAGCGAUUGGCGGCGCCAGCUACAAGCCGGUGAUUAGCGGCCCCAGCUAGUAACCAGCGAUUAGCGGUGCAAGCUACAAACCCAGAAUUAGCGUCGCCAGCUAUUUGCCACUCAAGCUACUAGCCCGCAAUUAGUGGUGCCAGCUACGAGACGGUGAUUAGCGGCCCCCGCUACUAACCAGCGAUUAGCGACGCAAGCUACAAACCCAGAAUUAGCGGCGGCAGCUAUUUGCCACUCAAGCUUCUAGCCCGCAAUUAGCGGUGUCAGCUACGAGACGGUGAUUAGCGGCCCCAGCUAGUAACCAGCGAUUAGCGGCGCAAGCUACAAACCCUUAUUUAGCGGUGCCAGCUAUUUGCCACUGAAGCUACUAGCCCGCAAUUAGUGGUGCCAGCUACGAGACGGUGAUUAGCGGCCCCCGCUACUAACCAGCGAUUAGCGACGCAAGCUACAAACCCAGAAUUAGCGGCGGCAGCUAUUUGCCACUCAAGCUUCUAGCCCGCAAUUAGCGGUGUCAGCUACGAGACGGUGAUUAGCGGCCCCAGCUAGUAACCAGCGAUUAGCGACGCAAGCUACAAACCCAGAAUUAGCGGCGGCAGCUAUUUGCCACUCAAGCUUCUAGCCCGCAAUUAGCGGUGUCAGCUACGAGACGGUGAUUAGCGGCCCCAGCUAGUAACCAGCGAUUAGCGGCGCAAGCUACAAACCCUUAUUUAGCGGUGCCAGCUAUUUGCCACUGAAGCUACUAGCCCGCAAUUAGUGGUGCCAGCUACGAGACGGUGAUUAGCGGCCCCCGCUACGAACCAGCGAUUAGCGGCGCAAGCUACAAACCCGGAAUUAGCGUCGCCAGCUAUUUGCCACUCAAGCUACUAGCCCGUAAUUAGUGGUGCCAGUUACGAGACGGUGAUUAGCGGCCCCCGCUACUAACCAGCGAUUAGCGACGCAAGCUACAAACCCAGAAUUAGCGGCGGCAGCUAUUUGCCACUCAAGCUUCUAGCCCGCAAUUAGCGGUGUCAGCUACGAGACGGUGAUUAGCGGCCCCAGCUAGUAACCAGCGAUUAGCGGCGCAAGCUACAAACCCUUAUUUAGCGGUGCCAGCUAUUUGCCACUGAAGCUACUAGCCCGCAAUUAGUGGUGCCAGCUACGAGACGGUGAUUAGCGGCCCCCGCUACUAACCAGCGAUUAGCGACGCAAGCUACAAACCCAGAAUUAGCGGCGGCAGCUAUUUGCCACUCAAGCUUCUAGCCCGCAAUUAGCGGUGUCAGCUACGAGACGGUGAUUAGCGGCCCCAGCUAGUAACCAGCGAUUAGCGACGCGAGCUACAAACCCAGAAUUAGCGGCGGCAGCUAUUUGCCACUCAAGCUUCUAGCCCGCAAUUAGCGGUGUCAGCUACGAGACGGUGAUUAGCGGCCCCAGCUAGUAACCAGCGAUUAGCGGCGCAAGCUACAAACCCUUAUUUAGCGGUGCCAGCUAUUUGCCACUGAAGCUACUAGCCCGCAAUUAGUGGUGCCAGCUACGAGACGGUGAUUAGCGGCCCCCGCUACGAACCAGCGAUUAGCGGCGCAAGCUACAAACCCGGAAUUAGCGUCGCCAGCUAUUUGCCACUCAAGCUACUAGCCCGUAAUUAGUGGUGUCAGCUACGAGACGGUGAUUAGCGGCCCCCGCUACUAACCAGCGAUUAGCGACGCAAGCUACAAACCCAGAAUUAGCGGCGGCAGCUAUUUGCCACUCAAGCUUCUAGCCCGCAAUUAGCAGUGUCAGCUACGAGACGGUGAUUAGCGGCCCCAGUUAGUAACCAGCGAUUAGCGGCGCAAGCUACAAACCCUUAUUUAGCGGUGCCAGCUAUUUGCCACUGAAGCUACUAGCCCGCAAUUAGUGGUGCCAGCUACGAGACGGUGAUUAGCGGCCCCCGCUACUAACCAGCGAUUAGCGACGCAAGCUACAAACCCAGAAUUAGCGGCGGAAGCUAUUUGCCACUCAAGCUUCUAGCCCGCAAUUAGCGGUGUCAGCUACUAGACGGUGAUUAGCGGCCCCCGCUACGAACCAGCGAUUAGCGGCGCAAGCUACAAACCCGGAAUUAGCGGUGCCAGCUAUUUGCCACUGAAGCUACUAGCCCGCAAUUAGCGGUGCCAGCUACGAGACGGUGAUUAGCGGCCCCAGCUAGUAACGGUGCAAGCUACAAACCCGGAAUUAGUGGUGUGAGUUACUAGCCAGCGAUUAACGGACCCAGCUGCUAAAAGGCAAUUAGCGACGCUAGCGACAAGACGGUGAUUAGCGGCCCCGGGUACUAACCAGCAAUCAGCAGUGCCAGCUACUCGCCGGCGAUUAGCGACCUCAGCUACCAUGCUUUUACCAUCAUUUGAUUGUAAAAUGGUAAUACUCGCUGUUGAGAGUUUGACUGCGGUUUAUCAUGAGUAGGAAUACUUGUAAAGGUUACAUCCCUAACACACCUGCAUACAAGCAUGACAUUGAUGAUUUGUGAAAGUGUAUUUGAUAUUUUUGGGGAUUUCCAUGCAAAUAA